UGUGUGUUCAGUGUGAGUAUUUAAAAAGCAGGGACACAUUUCCUCCGAUCAUUUGCUCUGCCGUCAUGGAUCUUAAAGCUGCGUUUGUGAUUGUCUGUCUGUGUGCUUUGGCCAUCACCUCUACUGAAGCUGGCAUCCCAAAAUGCUGCAUCACAACAAAAAGGGACAUCCCUGCAAGAGUGCUGCUCAAGGUUCAGAGGUGGGACUUGCAGCGAAGCAGCGGCGCCUGUGACAUCCCUGCACUGAUACUGCAUGUACGAGGCAUGAGGAAGCCCAUAUGUGCUGACCUCAAGGUGAAGACAGCCCUGAUGAGGCUUUGGCUGAAGAUGAAGCAGAACAGGCAGAAAGCGACUUACUGAGCUGUUGGAUGAAACCUUUCACAAACGUCUUGUAUCAUGUUCUGCAGUUGGUGUUUCAGAGCUUGUGCCAUACAGAAGCCCUUAUGGUUGAUCGUCGAUCGUUCAGAUUCAUUUACUAACUAAGUACUUAAGUACAUUUGAAGGUGCUUGUAUUGAGUAUUUCCAGUUUAUCCUACUAUAUACCUUUACCCCUUCACUUCAGAGGGAAAUAUUGCACUUUUAUACUUUUAUACCCAGAAACAUAUGAUCAGUUAUAAAGAUCCUAUGCAUCGCUAUGAAUUAAACUACCUAACAGCAUAUGAAGCAGUUAAAAUCAGCUCCACCUCGGCUGUCUGAAACAUUCAAGUACCGCGUACAUGUUAAUGCAGUGAAAAUAAUGAUCCACUGGUACAAUGAUAUAACACAUGACAGGGGCUAUUUUGCAUUAUGAGUACUUUUCCAUUUAAUACUUUGUCUAUUUGUUGCUAAUAGUUCUGUACUUCUACUUGGUUAAACUUUGAACACAGGAGUCUUACUUACACUGGAGUAUUUUUAGUGUGUGGCAUUGAUACUUGUACGUUACUAAAUGAUGUGAAUAAUUCCUCCACCACUGCAUUUAUACAAAAAAUGUGCAAAAAGUAAAAUCUCUGUAGUAUGUGA